UCUCUCUCUCUGAGUGUGUGUGUGUGCGCGCACACACAGGUUUCUUCCUGGCCAAGCAACUCAUGCAAAAAUCCCUCCUAGGUUUCCAUCCUGCCUCCUGAGACCUUUUGCUUUUGUGUUGUGUAUUUUUCGGCGAUAAGCCCUCGUAACAGUGACAUUUUAAACCUGCUCUGGGAGACAUUUUUGGCAGAAGUGCCAAAAUGAAUAAUAAUUUAUUUUUAAAAAAUCAAGCCAGGAAGUCAUAGGACCUCCUCAUUAUACCAGUGUCAAAUCUCCAAAAUUUGAGACAUAACUAUUCAGUUUUUUGAACAACAACCAACCACAAACCAACAACUUCAACCCACUAGGCUUCAUUCAUAAGUAAAGUUGUUUUGAUGGUUUUGGUGCUUCCUCAAAGCACUCUAGAUUAAGGUCACCAGAUUUUUUUCAAUGAAUCUGGGACACUUUUCAACAUCAAUGGAUUUUGUAUGGGGACUGAUGUGUAAAUCCGGGGACUGUCCCUGGGAAAUGGGGAUGUCUGGUAAACUUACUCUAGAUGCUCCUAAUUACCAGGGAUAUCCUCAGUUUCUUAGUCCCUUUAGGCUGUGUGUUUCUUUCCCUUCUGUGAUGGAGUGUUCAUUUCCUUACUUUUAUUGUUAAGUGGCAAGUGGGUUUUUCAUAUUGCAAGAAGGAUAUGACUUUUCUCAGUCCUCAUGGCAGACAUACAGGCCAUUAUGUGGGGGGAAUCAAAACAACUGUAUAGCCGCUGAAUGGUGAAUAGCUGUCUCACAUUUUUUAAAAAGUAUUUAUUUAUUGCAGUUUCUCAGGUAGGAUGUACUGGCACAUCUUGUCCUUCUUGUUCACCAUCCAGGAGAUCAACAGGGACCCCAGGCUCUUACCCAACAUCACCCUGGGCUACAACCUCUAUGAGAGCUUAUUCAAUGCAAUGAUAACGUCCGAUGCCAUGCUAAACCUGCUUUCGGGUGGGGAAAGCAACAUCCCAAACUACACCUGUGGAAAAGGGAAUGAUAACCUGCUGGCUGUUCUUGAAGGGGCCAAUUCUGUGGUUUCCAAACACAUUUCAAUCAUGUCAAGCAUCUACAAAGUACCACAGAUCAGUUACGGCUUCAAUGCUCAGGCUAUGGAUGACAAAUCCCAGUUCCCUUUUGUCUACCGGUUGCUCCCCAAAGAGGAUUCCCAGUACCGGGGGAUUGUCAAGCUGCUCCUGCAUUUUGGAUGGACGUGGAUUGGCCUCAUUGCUCCAGACAACGAGAAUGGAGAGAGGUUCAUGAAUGCCCUGACAUCUCUGAUGAUCCAGAGUGGCAUCUGUGUUGCCUUCACAAAACGACUAACAGAAGGCACUCUCUAUGAAGGGUUCGUAUCUGGGGUACCCUUUGCCAUAUGGAGGCAAGUCAGUGUGUUUGUUUACUAUGAAAACACUCGCAUGGGAUGGGUGACAAUCAUCACACUACAAAAACAGAUUGGGGGACAAGUUGGAGCAAGGGUUUGGAUCACAACAGGUUUUCAGGACAUCAAUGUGGUAUUGCAAGGCAAAAGUUUUCGGUACACCCAUGGUUCUUUCUCCUUUAUAAUUAAGACCCCCAAAAGGACCACACACGACUACUAUGUACCAUAUUCCUAUCUUCUUCGUCAGUUUUGGGCUGAAGCAUAUCGUUUCUCAUAUUCGAAGCACGCCUUGUCUGUGAAAGGACGGACAAAAUGCACCGAGAAGGAGAAGCUGGAGACUCUGCCCCAGGAGGAGCUGGAGAGAUCCCUGUCCCAAGACAGCUACAGCACUUACUUCCAUGUCCAGGCCGUGGCGCACGCUUUACAUGCUGCACGUUCGUCAAGAUCAAAACGGAUGCUGAUGGGAGAUGGGGGAGACAGGUUGGGACAUCAAAGGCUGCAGCCAUGGCAGCUUCACCCUUUCUUGAGAGCAAUCCGGUUUUCUAAUACCUCAAUGGGUGAACUGUAUUUGAACGAGAAUGGGGAGCUGCCCGGCAGUUAUGAUAUUGUGAACUGGGUGAUGUUUCCCAACAUGUCUCGUGCCAGAGUGAAAGUUGGGAGUGUAGAGAGAGAGACAUCCGCUGACAUAAAGUUCAAGAUUAACCCCGAAGCUAUUACCUGGCCCCAAUGGUUUAAAAAGGCUGUGCCUCACUCCAGGUGUACUGAAAGCUGUCACCCUGGAUAUGCCAAGGCGGUUGAAGAAGGAAAGCCAGUUUGCUGCUAUGCUUGUUCCCCAUGUGCAGAAGGGACAAUCUCCACUCGAAAAGAUGCAGGCCAGUGCACCAAAUGUCUGGAAGAGGAACAUCCAAACCAGGACCAUGAUCAAUGUGUUCCCAAGAUCAUCACCUUCCUGGCCUAUGAAGGGUAUUUGGGGAUCAUCCUGGCUACCUUUACCCUACUCUUAUCCUCAGCCACAGGCUUUAUUUUGGGAAUAUUUGUGAAAUACAGUGAAACUCCCAUAGUCAAAGCCAACAACAGGGACCUUUCUUACAUCCUCCUCAUCUCCAUCCUCCUCUCCUUUUUGUCCUGCUUCCUCUUCAUUGGUAAGCCAAGGAAAACAACCUGCCUUCUCCAACAAAUGGUCUUCAGCAUCAUCUUCUCAUCUGCCAUCUCUUCUGUGUUGGCAAAAACCAUCACUGUGGUGUUGGCCUUCUUGGCCACCAAGCCAGGGAACAGGCUGAGGAAAUGGUUGGGGAAGAGUCUGGCCAACUCCAUUGUCAUUUCCUGUUCCACUGUCCAAGUUCUCAUUUGUACCAUUUGGUUGGGCAUCUCACCCCCGUUCCCAGACUCGGACAUGAGCUCCCAGCCUGGAGAGAUCAUCCUGAAGUGCACCGAAGGGUCUGUGCCCAUGUUUUACAUUGCCCUCAGCUACAUGGGCUUCUUUGAGACAGAUAGCAGGGGAUUGCAAAUUCUUACCUUCUUGCUUGCCAUUCACGAUGUCAAUAAAAACCCCAGGCUCUUAGCCAACAUAACCCUGGGCUACAGCAUCUACGAGACCAAUUUUGAUGGAAGAAUGACUUCGGAUGCCCUGACAGAUCUGCUUGCUGGUGGGAGAAUCAAUAUCCCAAACUAUACCUGUGGAAGGCAGAAAACGUUACUGGCUGUUCUUGAACGGGGUGAAUCCGACAUCUCCAUGCACAUUGCAGGCAUGUUGGGCAUCUACAAAAUCCCACAGCUCAGUUCUGGCUUUGUUCUUCAUGAUAAAAAACAGUCCCCUUUUGUCAACUGGAUGGCCCCAAAUGAAGAAGCUCUGUACGAUGGGGUGGUCCAACUCCUCCUGCACUUCAGAUGGACAUGGGUGGGCCUCUUUGCUUCAGACAACGGCAAUGGAGAAAAGUUCUUGAGCACUUUGAUGCCUAAGAUGAGCAAUAGGGAAAUUUGUGCUGCCUUCACUGAAAGAGUACAACGGAAAACUUCCUUGUGGUUUCCUCAUGAACCACCUGCCAUGUGGAGACAAGUCAAUGUAUUUGUUUACUAUGCAGAAUCUCAGUAUGGAUUUUUUGUCAUCGUAGAGGUACAAUCUUUCUUUGAAAGGACACAAACUGGGGGGAAAGUUUGGAUCACCACUGGUCUUCAGGACACAAUCAUGUCAUAUGAGACGGAAGCUUUCCGGCAUGCCCAUGGUUCUUUGUCCUUUGUAAUAAAGACCAAAAAAAGCAGGAGAAUUGGCCACUAUGAACCAAUACCUACUGUUUCUUGGCAGAAAGCAUUUACAUGUUCAUAUUCAGAGCAACCCUUGUCUGUGAGGAGUUGGGAAAAAUGCAGGGAGAAGGAGCACCUGAAGAUGCCAAGGCAGGAGAUGAUUGAUGGGAUCCACUCCCAAGACAGUUAUAUCACUUACUACAUUGUCCAAGUCGUGGCUCAGGCCUUGAAUGCAGCCUAUUCAUCCAGAUCAAAGCGGAGGUUGAUGGUGGGUGGAGGAGACGAGAUGGAACCUCAAAGUCUACAGCCAUGGCAGAAACUGGGUCUUGCCGCCGCGGUGAAGGUGGAGACCCUUCAAAAACCCCAGGCGGAUGAAGCCUGGGGACUUGGGAUCCAGCUGACACCAGGAGUGCCUCCCCUACUCAUGCAUAAGAAGAUUGACAUAAUGAAUGAAAUGGUGGAUAUGAUGCAUGAGAAGAGGGACUUGGUGACUGCUGUGGUCUGUAAGGGGGAUCUAACAGGGAACACUGAUACAGAAAUCACCCAGGGCUCUUUUCAGGAACCUACUUUGACUAGACAAGUGCAAGAGCAGACGACAAUGGAAGAAGAUUUAAUCCAACUUCAUUCAUUCUUGAAAGGAGUCAAUCUGUCUUCUGAUACUUCAGCUGAUGGACAGUAUUUGGAUGAGAAUGGGGCUCUGGCCAUUGACUUUGAUAUUGUAAAUUGGGUGCUGUUUCCGAAUAAUUCUCAUGCUAGUGUGAAGAUUGGGAGCAUAGAGAGACAGAAGUCCUCAAAUAUAAAGUUCACCAUUAACUCGGAAGGAACUGUAUGGCCCACGGUGUUUAAGAAGACCACGCCUCAUGCAAGAUGCACAGAGAGCUGCCACCCAGGAUAUGCCAAGCAGAUUCAGGAAGGGAAGCCCCCAUGCUGCUAUGACUGUGCUCCCUGCAUAGCGAGGACCAUCUCCACUCAGGAAGAUGCCAAUGAAUGCAUCAAAUGUCCAGAAGAUCAGCAUCCAAACAAGAACCGUGAUCAAUGUGUCCCCAAAGCAAUCAACUUCUUGUCCUAUGAAGAAUAUUUGGGGAUCCUCCUGGCUUCCUUUGCCCUACUCUUAUCUUCAACCACAGGCUGCAUUUUGGGAAUAUUCAUGAAAUAUAAUGAAACUCCCCUAGUCAAGGCCAACAACAGAGACCUCUCCUACAUCCUCCUCUUCUCCCUCCUGCUCUGCUUUUUGUCCUCUUUCCUCUUCAUCGGCCGGCCAAGGAAAGUCACCUGUCUUCUCCGACAAAUGGUCUUCAGCAUUGUCUUCUCAUCUGCCAUCUCUUCUGUGUUGGCAAAAACCAUCACUGUGGUUCUGGCCUUCUUGGCCACCAAGCCAGGGAACAGGCUGAGGAAAUGGCUGGGGAAAAGUCUGGCCAACUCCAUUGUCAUUUCCUGUUCCACUGUCCAAGUUGUCAUCUGCACCACCUGGCUGGGACUUUCUCCUCCAUUCCCAAACUCUGACAUGAGUUCCUUACCUGGAGUGAUAAUCUUGCAAUGCAAUGAAGGGUCUGUGGCCAUGUUUUACGCUGCCCUCGGCUACAUGGGCUUCCUGGCGGCCAUCUGCCUCACGGUGGCUUUCCUAGCCAGGAAGCUUCCUGGGGCCUUCAAUGAAGCCAAGCUGAUCACCUUCAGCAUGCUGGUCUUCUGCAGUGUUUGGGUGUCCUUUGUGCCCACCUACCUGAGUACCAAGGGAAAAUACAUGGUAGCCGUGCAGGUCUUCUCUAUCUUGGCUUCCAGUGCUGGGCUUCUGGGCUGCAUCUUCAUGCCCAAGUGCUACAUUAUUAUACUGAAGCCCGAACUCAACACGAAGGAGUACCUGACAGCAAAAAACUAA